AUGAAGUUCACCACUCUCGCUAUUGCUGCCAUUGUUACCGUGGUCACUGCCAGCCCCGGUUACAAGCCUCCCCCUCCUCCCCCUCCUCCUCAUGGCUGCAAGCCUGCUACCUACGCCUGCCUUCCCAAUGAUCAGGGAUGGCAAGUAUGCAGCACUGCCGGUCAAUGGGUCUUUGCUGGAAAUUGUCCUCCCAAGACCGUCUGCAAGUUCGACAACCAGAACGGCAGCCCCUACUGUGUUCCUCCCAACUUCACUAUCCCAUAA